UGAAGAACUGGAUGAUGCCGCUGGCUCAGUGGUACACUGAUGCUGCCGGGUAUCGCAGACUCGGAUUGAGGUUCGACGACCUUAUCCCCGAGGAGAACGACGUUGUUCAGACUGCCCUUAAGCGCCUCCCCCCCAAGGAGGCCUACGACCGUGUUUUCCGCAUCCGCAGAGCGUUCCAGUGCUCCAUUUCCCACACAUUGCUUCCCAAGGAGGAACAGACGAAACCCGAGGAGGACGUCGAGUACCUGUCCCCCAUCAUCCGCGAGGUCGAGAAGGAGUUCAAGGAACGCAAGGACCUGGAUGCCCUCAUCGUGAAGAGAAAGUAAACCUGCUUUCUUUGCGACUGAAGAUUACUAGCCUGGCGGUUCUUUUGAAGGGAGUCGAUAUAGGAAAUGAAAAUGAAAAGGAACGGAAGGGACUGUAGACGGAGGGGAUAGUGGUCCUGCGCUCAAUAGAUAACCCCUGCCUGUCCUAGCCUGCAAUACUCUGAACGACGUGUACUGAUACUGUACAAAU